GUUUCUGUCAGAAGCGGGGCGAGGCCUGAGGCGCUCGGGGCGGGGCGGCCGCUCGCGCGGGUGGGGCUGGCGGGAGGACGGCAGCCCGCGGAGCUGACGGAGCUGGGGUCUUGUUUUGGGCCGUUCCCGGACCCCCUGUGUUUAUUUCUAGGUGUGUCUGGCCCCCUGAGCGAUUGCAGAUUUAUGACACAAUCCAGUCUUUAACAAUGUUGAAAUCAAAUGACUCCUUGUUUUCUUUGGAUACUUUGGUUUUUGAAAAACAAGAUGAAGCUGAAAACUAUCCAGACAAUGAAAAAUCAAUGGAUUGGUGUCUCCCACCUGCUCCGUUGAUUUCAGAAAUUCCAGAUACUCAGGCAUUAGAGGAGGAAAUAGGAAGUCAUAAACUGUUAGGUCAGGAAGAGAGGCCAAAAAUGUUACCAUCAAAUUUAAAGAUAACUAAUGAAAACACAAAUUAUAUUUCACCAACACAAAAAUUCCAAUUUGCCUUUUUCUCAAAUAAAUAUGAAGCAGGUGACCUGAAUUUAGGAGGAGCAGGUAACAAUGACUUAUCACAUGUUCCUGGCAAGCUGACGUAUGGUUCUUCUCAGAAAUACAAAAAUCACAUUGGCAGUGAGAUAGCACCUCCAGAUAAUACAAAAUUAGUUAAUUUUGCAGAAGAUAAAGGAGAAAGCAUAUCAGCCUUCCGAAAAAGAUUAUUUAAAAUAUCUGACAAUAUACAUGAGGGUGUUAAUUCUAAUGACAGUACAAACUUGGACUCUCCUAUUGGCUCAGUGAAAAUUGCUCCAACAGAAGUGAACAAAGGGGAAUCAUGGAAAAGUAGCAGUAGUAAGCAGAAACAUCAAUAUUCAGAGAUUAACAUGUUUACAGCAAGCAAUACUUUUUCUGCUUCUGAAAUCAGAGAAGACAUAUUCAAAGCACCAACUUUUUCAGUUGCAUCCCAACCUCAUGAAGUUCAAGGGGUAACAGAAAAUGAUUUAGAUUCCUUGAAGGCUGUCACAGAAAUCCCGGCAAAAUUUAGAAGUAUUUUCAAGGAAUUCCCAUAUUUCAACUAUAUACAGUCCAAAGCCUUUGAUGAUCUUCUUUACACAGAUAGGAAUUUUGUGAUUUGUGCUCCAACUGGUUCUGGGAAAACUGUAGUGUUUGAACUAGCUAUAACAAGAUUAUUAAUGGAAGUCCCAUUGCCAUGGUCAAACAUUAAAAUUGUUUACAUGGCACCAAUAAAAGCCCUGUGUAGUCAGCGUUUUGAUGAUUGGAAAGAAAAAUUUGGACCAAUAGGAUUGAAUUGUAAAGAACUCACUGGAGAUACAGUAAUGGAUGACCUAUUUGAGAUUCAGCAUGCCCAUAUUAUUAUGACAACUCCAGAAAAAUGGGAUAGCAUGACUAGAAAAUGGAGAGACAACUCUUUGGUCAAGCUGGUUAGACUCUUUCUCAUUGAUGAGGUACAUGUUGUAAAAGAUGAAAAUCGUGGACCAACUCUUGAAGUUGUAGUUAGCAGAAUGAAAACUGUACAGUCUUUAUCUCCUACUUCUGAAAAUAGCAGCACAGUUAUUCCAAUGAGAUUUGUAGCUGUAUCUGCAACAAUUCCAAAUGCUGAGGAUAUUGCAGAAUGGCUUUCAGAUGGUGAAAGACCUGCUGUAUGUCUGAAAAUGGAUGAGAGACAUAGGCCGGUGAAACUUCGGAAAGUGGUCCUUGGAUUUCCCUGCAGAAGUAACCAAACCGAAUUUAAGUUCGAUUUAACCCUCAACUACAAAAUUGCCAGUGUUAUACAAACAUACUCUGAUCAGAAACCCACACUUGUGUUUUGUGCAACAAGGAAAGGUGUACAACAGGCUGCUUCUGUUCUUGUGAAAGAUGCUAAAUUUAUUAUGGCUGUGGAACAGAAACAGAGGUUACAGAAGUGUGCAUAUUCCAUAAGAGAUUCAAAACUGAGAGAUAUCUUAAUACAUGGUGUUGCUUAUCAUCAUGCUGGUAUGGAGCUGUCAGAUAGAAAAGUAGUUGAAGGAGCUUUCACUGUUGGAGAUCUGCCAGUUCUUUUUACUACCAGUACUUUAGCUAUGGGAGUAAAUUUGCCUGCCCACCUAGUAGUUAUAAAAUCUACGAUGCAUUAUGCUGGAGGAAUGUUUGAAGAGUAUAGUGAAACAGAUAUUCUACAGAUGAUUGGUAGAGCUGGUCGACCUCAAUUUGAUACUACAGCUACUGCAGUUAUUAUGACUCGGUUAAGUACAAAAGAGAAGUAUAUUCAGAUGUUAGCUUGUAGUGACACUGUAGAAAGCAGUUUACACAGACAUCUUAUUGAACAUUUAAAUGCAGAGAUAGUGUUACAUACCAUCACAGAUGUGAAUAUUGCUUUGGAAUGGAUACGAUCAACUUUGCUUUAUAUCAGAGCCUUGAAAAAUCCAUCUCAUUAUGGUUUUGCAUCUGGAUUGAACAAAGAUGGAAUUGAAGCAAAAUUACAAGAAUUAUGUUUGAAGAAUCUGAAUGAUUUAUCAUUUCUGGACUUGAUAACGAUGGAUGAAGAUGUUAAUUUCAAACCAACUGAGGCAGGAAGAUUGAUGGCUUGGUAUUACAUUACAUUUGAGACAGUGAAGAAAUUUUGUACCAUCAGUGGAAAAGAGACUUUAUUAGAUCUGGUCACAAUGAUAGCCAGCUGCAAGGAAUUAGCAGAUGUGCAGUUAAGGAUAAAUGAAAAGAAAACACUGAAUACUUUGAACAAAGAUCCAAAUCGGGUAACUAUCAGAUUUCCAAUGGAAGGAAGAAUUAAAACAAGAGAAAUGAAAGUAAAUUGUCUUAUUCAGGCUCAGCUAGGAUGCAUUCCCAUACAAGACUUUGCUUUGACACAAGAUACCUCGAAGAUUUUCAGAAAUGGCUCACGAAUUACAAGAUGGUUGUCAGAAUUUGUGGCUGUUCAAGAAAAGAAGUUUGCUGUACUAUUGAACAGUUUGAUACUAGCUAAAUGUUUUAGAUGCAAACUUUGGGAAAACUCUCUACAUAUAUCCAAACAGCUGGAAAAAAUUGGUAUAACAUUGUCAAAUGCAAUGGUAAAUGCAGGUUUGACCUCCUUUAAAAAAAUAGAAGAAACAGAUGCAAGGGAACUUGAACUGAUUUUAAAUAGACACCCCCCUUUUGGAACGCAAAUAAAAGAAACAGUGAUGUAUCUACCAAAAUAUGAACUUGAAGUGGAACAGAUUGCAAGAUAUAGUGAUACCAUGGCGGAAAUAUUAGUGACCAUUAUAUUAAGAAACUUUGAACAGCUACAAACUAAAAGAACAGCACCAGAUUCUCACUAUGUUACCUUAAUCAUAGGUGAUGCAGAUAAUCAGCUGGUUUUUAAGCACAAAAUUAUGGAUUCUAUUUUGCUAAAAGCUGGAAAUUGGACUAAAAAGAUUGAUGUGAAGAGAGCUUUUAAAUCUGAAGAUCUUAGCAUAAAUCUGAUUAGUUCUGAAUAUGUUGGACUUGAUAUUCAGCAGAAAUUUACAGUCUUUUACUUAGGACCCAAGAGGCUUGGAAGUCAAAUAAUUAUGCGAAAAAAAUCAGAAACAGAGAUUUUCCAUUCUAAACAUUCAAAUAGAUCUACGGUAGCAGGACCCAAUAAAGGAAUGACUGCUUGCAAAAAACCUGGGAACCGAGAAUGUAAUCAUCACUGUAAAAAUAAAUAUACAUGUGGACAUGACUGCUGUAAAACUGGAGUUGCACAAAAGUCAGAAAUGAAAGAGCCAACAAUUUCUUCAUAUUUAUCUGAUUUAAGAAACAGGAAUGCUGUUUCAUCACUUCCUCCAGUUAAACGUCUCAAGAUGCAAAUGAAUAAAUCUCAAAGUGUGGACCUUAAAGAAUUUGGCUUUACUCCAAAACCUUCUCUUCCCAGUAUAUCAAGGUCAGAGUGUUUAAACAUACCUGAAUUGUCUAUAGUGGAGCAGAGGGAUCAGCAUGAAACCUGUGCAAAAGUUCAACAAGAACCAUCAGAAUAUCAAGACAAAGAUUUCUCUAGAUGGAACUAUCCUACAACUUCAGAUGAGAAAGCCCCUCAAACAGUGCUAUUCAACAGACAUCUUAAUGCAUCUGGAAACCAGAAUUUGACAGAUGUGGAUAAAAAUAAUGCUCCAUUCUCAGAAGUUUUGGAUGUGAACUUUGAAUUGGGAGAUGAAGUUUGGGAUGAUUUUGAUGAUGAGAACUUAUUAGAAGUUACCAGUUUUUCAGCCAGUACUGAGAAGACAAAAACAUCAGGAUUUGGAAACACUUUGAGUUCAAGUACCAGGGGAAGUAAGAUAUUCCUCCAAGAGUCAAAAAGCAAAUUCCAAGGAGAAAUGGCAAAAAGUUUUGUUUCAUCACCUGAGAAGCCAGAUAUUUACUUACCAAAUUCUCCUGUGUUCAAGUUUGAUACAUCUUCCUUGAAAAAAUUACCUCAACAAGCUGGAAAUGCAAAUAUUGUUCAUUUACAAGAAAGAAAACAACAAAGUCUGUCACCAGAAAUUGAAAAGCUGUGCUUUACUCACUCUGAAAAAAUACCAAAUUCUUCAUGUUUUGUUAAGAAAGUGGAUUUCUUUAUUAGAAACAGUGAAUGUAAAGAGGAAAUUGAUUUCAGUAGGUAUCAUCCUGAUGAUGAAGCUGAUGAAAUGAAAUCUUUUCUGGGAAUAUUUGAUGGUAUUUUCUAAAGCAAACCAAAAAAAAUUCAUCUCAUAUUAAUAAGACAAGGUAUAUAUGCACCCAAUUACAAAGUAUGCGUUUUCUUUUUUUUAAAGUAGUUCAUAAUUGUUCAAAUUUUUUUUCUCUUGGAUUUGAUCAAUUUUGUUGACUUAUUUGCACCAAUUUUUUGGAUUGAUUUAUUAUCCUACUGUAACUUCAUGAAAAGCACUUUUAUAGUGGGUUUGUUUCAUUAAACUGAAAAUUAAGUUGCAUUUAGAAAUUAUUUGGUUAUUAAAUGCAUCUCGAUUGGAUUUUGACAGGAACCAAUAAAAAUACCAUUUUUGUAUUAAGAAGAAAGGUAUUCUAUGAAAGCAAAUAAUGCUAGGUCAGUGAAUUGAUUUAUUGUAUGGAUUAUUCACCAAUAUUGUUUUGUUUUACUAAAGAUUUUUAAGAAUCCAGUGGCUGUCAGAACCUGUUGUUACAUAACUUCAAA